GAACUCUCUUCCCUCUAAAUCUAGUUUGACCCGCGAAAGACGGCUUUCUGCUGCUGACAGACGGAGUCAUUUGGGGAAACGGUGGAGUAACAUUGUGACCUACUGCUCUGAUUACACUCACAACACGCAAAUACCACGCAGAAACGCUGACGUUUCAGAAAUAUGCCUCGACCAACUCCAGUUAAGAAGAUGAAGAUGAAGACCAUGAAGGACUUCUUCUCUCCUAAAAAGGAGACUGAAAGCGACCGUGAAUCCAGAAAAGUGUUAAAAGAUUUGAACAAUGCUCAGAACACAGAGGGGAAAAGCCACAAAUUCCAGUUCCGUUACAAGAAAACCACUCACGCGGUGGCCGGUGAUCCAUCAAAGACUGUGCUCGAUGUUCUCAACACAAACACGAUGUUCAGGAAGAUUAAAAAAGAGAACGCACAGAAAGAAAUCAUCCUCCAAAGAUCCCAAGGAGACUUCCCACAAGCCGCCGUGAAGACAGAUUUCCCCUGCUGUCUCGUAGAUAAAGAUGAGAUCAUAGAUGUAAACUUCAUUAAAAAACACGACAGCGCAUCUAUGCAGAAAAAGCCAACCAGACGUCCAACAUCUCCCAACAAGUCUGAAAACUUAGUCAUCUUUUACAUCAAAACCAAAGGUAAAGGGAAGGUGAAACGUGUCAUGAUGAACGAAGAACUGUGUAAGAACGAUGUGGAUUAUGUUUGUGUGUACGCGUUCAACGAAGACACUUUGAAAACAGCCCUAAAGCGCGACGGACGAUUCUGCAGUGUCCUCUUUAAGAAACAUUGUGUGCUUUCGGAGUUUGGUAGUGAAACUGUUCACGACUUGGCGUACCCUGUCAAACACCUCAACCGCAAACAUUUCGCCAUGGUCAUAAGCAACAAGAAAAACCAGUCUGAUAGCCAGUCUGACAGUCAAGAUGACGCCAAAGAAAACGCUGAUCCUAACCAACAUCACAUCGACACAGAAGACGACAAAAACAACAACAAGGUGGCUGAAUGCAGCACUCGUGACCGGCCGGCCCCUAAAAAAAUUCCAGACUCCAAAGAGCUUGAGAAAGUUCUGCGCAAUGACAUGAGAUGCUAUCUAGAGCAGAGAAGCAUUGGAGACACAAAGGUCAAGGUGCAAAACUUCUUUAGGGCCGAAUAUGAUAAAGGUGUCCAGAGUUUCACUGAAGUGAAGAAGGUGAAGGAGAUCAUGAGACUGUCCAGCUCAGUGUGUCAGAUCAGAGCAGAAGGAUCGUUUCGGGGAACCGGAUUCUUACUCUUCGACAGAUUUGUUCUCACCAAUGCACAUGUCAUCGGAGACAUUGACUGCAUCUCCAGAAAGCUUCCCAUGACCUUCACGGCAGUUUUUGGAUUUGAAGAUCUGGGACAAGCAGGGAUCAAGAGUAUUGCUGUCAAAGAACAGGCCGCGGCUUGCCAUUACGGAGUUGAUGAGAAGACGUUUCAUCUGGAUUUCGCUCUUUUAGAAUUAGACGUCGCAGAUGAUGAACCUCUCGACUUUCCCGAAUUGCUUGCUCAUUACAGCUACGCCCGUCCUCCUAAAAGAGGCGGCAUCUGUAUCGUCGGUCAUCCCGACGGCGGGGUGAAGAAAAUAGAUCAGUGUUUCAUCAUCAGCAGAGAAGAUCAGUCAGACGCUGUGAACAAACACAUCUCUCAGAACAUCAAAUACUAUCACGUCAUUACACAGGAAAGUGUGGCGCAGAAUUGGACGAUGCACGACAACCAGAUCACAUACAACUCUUGUUUCUUCCAUGGGUCUUCAGGUUCGCCGGUCUUUGAUGAGUCCUGCCGUCUGAUUGGUGUUCACACGGGCGGAUACGUUUACAGAGGAGCGAAUGGUAAAAACAGGAGUGUUAUGGAAUACAGCUUUUCCAUUCAGCCCAUACUGGAAAGAAUCAACAAUCAGGCGAAGGAUUGUGGAAGAUUUGACAUCUUAAAGUUACUGUUCAAGUUUAAAUUCAAUGUGAAUAUUGAGGAUAAUGAUGUGGAGAUGACGGAAGAACCACAACUUCAAGAUGAAUAUUAACAAUGAAAAUAUCUCCUGUAUAUUUCUGUCUCCCAGAAUUGAAAUUUGUCACAAAAGCAUUUACUUAAAAUUAAUGUUUUGAAUGUUUAUUGUUUGUAGCUCUUAAUGUUUGAGUUCUGGUUAUUUGCAUUUGCCAUUUAAUUACCAAUUACAUCUGUACUGAUAGAUCUGGAUAGAGACAUACAAUUGUUUCUUGUUUAUAUUCAUCUAUCAUAAGUAUUCAUUCAUUUAUUUUUUUAUUCACUUCUAUUCGUAUUAUUUGUUCCUUACCUUCCUGUUGUUUAACCUCGUAUUGUUUCUUAUGCUGAUAUGAGUCUCCGUUGGUCUCCAUGUCAAGGUUCAUAAUAAUGUCAUGAGACAAUGUUUUGAUACUGUAAUCUUGAAUGUUAAAAACACAUAUUGAAUCUGUUUCUAGUCAGACGAAGUUUGGCAGA